CGCCACCGCCGAGGAGGAGGAACAUGGCGAAAGCGGAGCAGGUCCUCAGCCUGGAACCGCAGCACGAGCUCAAAUUCAAAGGUCCUUUCACAGAUGUUGUCACUACAAACCUGAAACUCGGCAAUCCUACAGACAGAAAUGUGUGCUUCAAAGUUAAGACCACAGCACCACGUAGAUAUUGUGUAAGGCCUAACAGUGGAAUUAUCGAUGCAGGAACAUCAAUUAAUGUUUCUGUGAUGCUACAGCCUUUUGAUUACGACCCUAAUGAGAAAAGUAAACACAAGUUUAUGGUUCAGUCUAUGUUUGCUCCAGCUGAUACUUCAGAUAUGGAAGCAGUAUGGAAAGAAGCCAAACCAGAAGAACUCAUGGAUUCGAAACUUAGGUGUGUGUUUGAGCUGCCAGCAGAAAAUGAUAAGCCUCAUGACAUAGAAAUAAAUAAAAUUGUAUCCACAACUGCAACAAAGACAGAUUCAUCUGUAAUGUCUAAAUCAUUAAGUUCUUCUUUGGAUGACACUGAAGUUAAGAAAGUAAUGGAAGACUAUAAGAGGCUUCAAGUAGAAAUUCAGAGGUUACGGGAGGAGAACAAACAGUUUAAGGAAGAAGAUGGACUGCGGAUGAGGAAGGCCCCCCAGACAAACAACCCAAUAUCUGCUUCUGCAGCUGCUGUCAAGGAUGAAGGGCUCAGCUCCAGACUACUUGCUUUGGUGGUUUUGUUCUUUGUCUUUGGUGUAAUUAUAGGAAAAAUAGCCUUGUAGAGGCAGCAUGCUGGAAAUUGUAAAUUGGUUUGAUGGUUCUGCCAUAUCAUUGGAUUAAAUUUAUUCAUAACAAUGUUUAAAAAAGAAAACCAACAAUUAAUGUAUGACAUCUCACAGGUCUUGCCUUUAAAUUACCCCUGCACAAAUACUAUGUAACAUAAUCUAGAAAGUUUAAAGUGUACAAUGAGUGAAUGAAUGAAAGAGAAUAUGCUUCAGUGAUGAAGGGGGGGAGAAAAUGAUUCAACACUACAAUGGAGUAUUGUAUAUGUCAUUUUAAAAAAAAAAAAAAAAAGAAAAAAAAGAAAAAAAGGAAAGGAAAAAAAGAAAAGGGGAAAAAAAAGCCCAGAAAAAUAGAACAAAUGAUUCCUCCACUGCUGGAGCUGGCCCGAUUGGCUAUUUGGAGCUGGGUUAGGCAGGAGGUGUUGAUAACUUCUGUAAAAUAACGUUAAUCCACCAUUCUGCUCAUAAAUUUAACAGUUUCUGUCAGUGUCUUCAACUCUGUGCAAGUUACCAGUUUUUUGGCACUUAAAUGACUAGUAAGAAGCUGAAAAGAAUUGUAUGUGGCAACGCUGAAUGUGCUAGGCAUCGUUGAGAGGCAUAUAUUGACUGGUAUGACGCUCGUUUGGAAUAAAGGUCAAUGCCUUGUUCUCAUGAAGGGACCAAGCUACAUUGCUGUUGGUUCAUUUAGUUGAAUUAAAAUGUUAUUCAGAGAUGUUUAAUGCAUAUUUAACUUAUUUAAUGUAUUUCAUCUCAUGUUUCCUUACUGUCACAAAAUUGACUAAUACUAUAUGGUAUGAAAAGGCACCUGUUUAAAGCCAGUGACUAGAACUAAAAAUCUGCUGCUGUAGUGACAUGAGAUUCUUCUGCCUCCUGGUGUUUUGGGCACUACACGAUUGUUGGGAGUUUUGACCAUGUGAGCAUUGGAGAAACAGUGGUGAGGAACGUGGUUUUGUAUGUAAAUAAGUCUAUCUAGGGGAAAAAAUAUUAGUAGUAAACUAGUCCUAUGCCAUAAAAGACCAAUCUUGUUUGACUAUGUAGCAUCUCAAAAAAAAAAAAAAAAAAAAAAAGAAAAGAGAAAAAAAAAAGAAGAAAAAUGAAAUAAAGCCCCCAAAUUAAUGUUUCCUUCGUUACUUUUGUCAUGUUCUCAGAGCUGUAGAGGUUGGGGAGGAAACAGUGUUCUCUUUCAACUUAGAUUAUGGCAUAAGGAAAGUUAAAGACUUGUUUCAGGAUUGUUUGUUUUUUUUCCAAAAAAAAAUGUUUGUUUGUUUUUUUUCCCAGCCUCCUCAUGAGUCUGAUGGAAAUAAAUGGCAUUCACACUGAUGUGCUGGCUGCUGAGGUACAAGGGAACUCCCCAUUUUUCAGUUCACUUGGGGUCAGUAGUGUGUUUUAAGGAUUAGGUAAUUUUGUUUCUGAGCAAAAUACCCAAGCUCAGUGUGUUCUAACACUUUGAAUGUCAGUAAAUGAAAUAGCUUUGGAGCAGGAAAAUUCCUCUGUAUUCUUAAGAUACUAGGUCCAAAAGCCAUUGAUGACAAAAGUGUUUGUAACACCUGCAAGAAUUAAGAUUUGUCUUCUAAAAGAGACUUCUUUCAUUCCUUUAUUAUUCCUGUAACUUCUUGAGAAAGCUGUUUGGGCUGCAGCCUGUCUGCUACAUUUGUUGACCUUUUUAUUUGUUCCAGUUAUGUCUCAAAGGUUUCCUGCUUUGCAAGUGCAAAUCAGUUAGAUUUUAUGUGAGGUUUAAUAAGAAAAUAGGAAGAAAAUGUUCAGCUUAUGGACACAGCUCUGGAAGUACCUCUAGAAGGCUCAACAGAAAUGAGAAGUGCAUCCUUAGCAUUUUGAAAUGCUAGUGCCUUGUCUGCUCAGGAUGGACAUGACAAAGCUAUUAAAGUAUCCCUGCAAAGGGCAGAGAAGAUAGGAGAUGAGCUGGAAAGGACGAAAUGGUGAGUUCAAUGUAACAAAUUGGCCAGAACUUAUCAAGAAGAAAGGUACUUUCUGGGCAGUAGAAGCUAAUGAAAACUUUUACAUGAGAUCUUUAAAGAACCUUUUCAGAAAGACGAGGUUGUAAGUGAUGUCAUAAAAUUAGUUUUCAUGGCUUUGAAGCCUAUGUUUGAGCAAACCUUUACUGAAGGCAAACUGACCUAUGCAGUGGAGGGUGUUUUUAAGAGGCUGUAAAUACCUUGUUCUCACUAAAAACAUGUACUCAGCUGAAUUCCUAAUUUUCUGCUGAAAAACAGCCUCAAAAAGUUGGGGGCGGGGGGGCAGGGGAGGAGAAGACUCUUAGCAGUCUAAAGGGGGAAGACUGAAGUUUUAAACUAGUCUCUUAGUACAGCUGUAAUAAUAGUCCAAGCAAAUUUCACACAAGUUGUUAGCUACCUGAGAUGGUUUUGGUGGCACAGACAGCUCCUAGAUGAAGGGGAAAGACCAGAAGUUGCCUGUCCUCCUCCCACCGUUCAGUAGUCACUCUUGGUGAUCUGGAACUUUAGAUUGUUUUGUGAGCAGCGUUGUUCCUGUUGUUUGCACUCCAGUUCCCAAAAAACAUUCAUGCUUUGCUUUGCCUUACAAACACAAUCAAGGAGACCAACAAGCAGAGGACCUUAGUUAAGGAUCUGUUGGUAAACGGCUGUUGGGGCCAGCCCACGCGAUCGGUCCUAAACAGGACUGUUAAUUUAACUGCUUGUGUUUUGGAACUUGAAAUUCUGAGGUCUUUGUUAACCUUUUCUGACAACAGCCUGAACAGACAGUGUCACUGCAUUGUCUAGGAAACACUUUGCUUUUGCUGAGCUUAAAAUAAAAUGACUGAUGAGUGGAAUCCUUAGUAGCUGUCUGCUAGAUCAGGCCCUUCUGUAGUACACAGCUGAAAGAAAUCUAAGAGUGUUUUUCCUUUCAAGAUUCUUACAAGGCCAGUCUGUAGGUAGCUUAUGAAAUACAUUGAAUGGAUAUUCUUAAGCCACCUAGAUCUUUUGUACACCAUUCCUUAUCUGAUGACACCAGAGCAAAUGUUUUCUGUGAAGUAGUCAUGGAAAGUGAAUUAUUCUAGAGGGCACUGUGUAUCUUAGGACAUUAUGCAUGAAACAGAGUUUCUAAAUAAGAUCAUUGUCUGGUGGCCUCACACAACACCAGCUAUUAGAAAAUGUAAUUGAUACAUGAUAAUAGAGAUCAAAUUAUUACUUAAUCUAAUUCCUGUCCUUGCUGUUACAUUCUAAGAUGCCCAUUUGCAUUUUUUUAAGAGCCAGUGGAAGCUGCUUAUAUAGUCUUGGUUUUGUGGAGCUCUGCACUCUUUGAGCAAAUUUGGCAUAAAUAGAUAUCUAAAAUGUCUUGAAGCCUAGUACUGGGAAAUGAAUGGAAUAUGGUUUCUACUACUUUCACAGAGAUAUCCACAUCCUAAGGGAAUUAUUCCAUGCAAGAGGAAUCAUGACUAUUGCUCUGCACUGGCUGUUGUCAGCUGUGAUUGCACAGCUGGGAGUGUGAGCUGGGCACCCAGUUUCAAGUUGCUGCCUGAGGGACUGAAGAGCAAGGUAAUACCAUGUGUGCCGUGUUGAGAGAGGUUGAUGGACCAUAAUGUAAUUCCCUGACAAUACAGAAUUGUAAUAGUCUGAUGGUAGAAUUCCAUGUUACUUUUUUGUCCUGAAAUGCUGUUAGUGGGAUAAAAUUGGAAUCUCACUUUGCAAAUUGCUGGAGUUUCUUCUCACCAAUAAAGUAUAAAGGGUUUCUAUUUGCUGCACAUGGAAACUUGCAGUUCUUGUCACUUAGCAGUCACCAUGUUCACAGAGUGGUGUGCACACAAAACUGGACUGUUAAUGUCUGAAGGUGCUUGAUGUUUCAGUUGCCCAGUGAAAGGAAAAUCUCAUCUCUUUUCGUUAGAAAAUGUGUAAGACCCACAUCUCUUCCUAGGAACACUCCCUUAAUCUUUGGCACUAUAGUGGCUGAACUCUAGUAUUCUGAGGUUGUGAGACUAAACUUCUCUUGCUCUACAUGAUGUCCUGAAAUGCCAUAUCUUGAGUUUUGUUUUCUAUAUAAAGUAACGGGGAAAAAAACGCAGUCAAUAAUCCCUCUGUUUGAAAUUAAAGAACAUGUAAAGCAAGCACUCUGAGCUUUGUGUCUGUGGUGGCUGUGUUACAGCUGCAGUAGUACUUCACAGCAGCACUGGAGCAGCUUGAGGCUGGAGACCUGCUCCUCCAUUGUUGGAAAAUGAAUUAGAGUCCAUUGCUCAGAUCCUCAAAUGAGCCAGUUGAGAAGGGACAGGUGAUGAGUGCUUUCCAGUGUAUGUACUGGAGGCACUCUCACCAGUCAGAAACUCUAAUGCGGAAAGAAGAAAGCGGUCUUUACAGCAGUGAGACUAUCCCAGUCCCAUGAGUGGAAGUUGCUGUUCUUUGCAGUCAGAUGCAUGUCUGCAAAUGUAAUUUACUAAUCAGAGAAUGCUUGUGUAGACCAAUAGUUAGGCAUUGUAGAAUUAAAAAGCAACUACUGAGCAAGGCUGUGUGUGCCCAGUGAAACCAUCAGUUCCCAAGAUACAACAGUGGGGUACAGAGCUAGUAUAAAUCCUGUUGCACUUAGUUAUAGAGUGGGAUUUGUUGUUCAAGCAGAGCAGUGCUAAUCCUUUAACCAUGUCCAGUUAAGAUUUCUUUCUGUUCUGCAGACAGCUUCACCUAUAGUGAAUCACUUUGUCUAAUGGGUGUCAGUGCAGAAGGGGCAUUGCUCAUUGUGUUGUCACUGAAUUUUAUUUUGGCUGGCUUCAGAGGACAAAGUAAUUGUGUGUUUCCACUACUCAAAUCUGCUUAACUUUGAAGUAAGUUUGUUUUGUUAAUGAGUUGAUUUUGGUUUACUGGGUAAGUGUUGAUUACACAAGAGCCAGACUGAAAUCUCUUGCAUGUGCUACCUAAUAAGCAUCCACUUGAACACUGCCAAAGUGACUGUAUGCCUGUCAGCUGCUCCACUGUGCCCUGCGUUGCCUCCUACAGAACUGCCUGCACAUUGGUAUUUUGUGGACAAAAGCUCUCCAAAAUUUAUCUAAACUUCCAUGCAGAUCUUGUUGCCUCUCUGUUGGGGCCUCAGUUUGUCCUGAAGCUUGUGCACAAGCGAAAACCAGAAACAGGAACACUCAGUCUCUGAGCACAGGAAGAAGGCUGCUUUUUUUUUUUUCUUUUGGAAGCAAAUGUGAACUUUGGAUCUUUCCUUCUCUGAUCUGUCAUUAGAACACAGCCCUUUCCAGAUGGGAAAACAAAAGAAGUUAAGAAAACAAAUGAAUUAAGAAGAAUUACAAGUUGACAUUAUACAUCUGGUAUUUCUGUUUACAUUCCUGCAUCAGUGCAUUUCAUUUUUAAAUAAGUUCCUAAUUCUAUGAAUUUUUUCCCCCAAGAUCUGCAAGUGCCUAUAGAGAGCUGAAGAACAGCCCAUGAUGAAGUAUUGUUCCCAGUUUAGCUGCACUUCAUUAUUUUUUUUAAUCAAAUCUUCAGUGGAUAAACUCAAAAGAUUAGAAAAGCCUCUUGAACUCCCUUCUGUUUGAGUUGGCAAAGUUCCCACACACAAUUAUCCACACACAACUACUUUUAAAAGACCUUUAUUAAGGCUGUACAAAGUCAAGCACUCAGAAGUUAGGAAGUGACAAACCCAAUUUUGGACACUUCUUAUUUUGCAGCAUCUGGUGAGGCCUUAAAGUACCAGGUCAAAAAAUGAGCUAAGGCUGUCCAGAAACUGCCCACCUCUGUGUGCCUGACCUUACAUAAUCUUCAGUUCUCUUAAGAUAUGAGUUAAUUAGGUUUCUAAAAGUUGAACUUAAAUGGCAUUAGGUGUUAGGUGUAACCUGCAUAGGUGUCAGGAUGGAAUCCUUUCUGUAGCAGAACCCUUUCCUGACCUAAGCUGCUGGUGUAGUGGUGGUGAACUCUGUGCUGAAGCAGCAGUUUUUAUUUUCACGUUUUGCUCUGAGGCCACACAAAAGUGUUGAGCCAGGAAUUUUUGCUUCAGACCUGAGCCCAGAAGAGCUUUUCUGUGAAGGCUGUGGAUUCUCCUGUCCAGUUUCUUUUCUCACUCCAUUCCUUCCCGUAGUCCUUUGGUUCAAUCCCAGUCAUCCUUGUUUCUUCACUGUUCUUGGCAAAGAAGCCAGUGUUCAAGCAGCUACGAACAGCCUUUCUUCUCUGCCGCCUAUAUAUUUUUCAUCUCAGUCUCUUCCCUUUGCUCUUCUGUUCUUUCUCUGCCCUGCCUGUCCUGGUCUUUGGACCCAUGAGUGCACUCUGGCUGCACUGAGGCUGCCUGCCAGGGCACUUCCUUGACGUGGAAGUAACACUCUAGUCCCAGAUGCUUUUUCCCAUCCUAGGCAGCUGCUUACCUUUCUGCUUCCUCUUUGAUCAAACGUGUUCCUUCCUCUUUGCUCUCUGUAGAGUUUGGGUCAACAAUCUCCUGUCUGCCUCCAGCUUUUUUCUACUGUUUCAAUGCAGCAUAUUUAUUUAUAUUAAUUAACAAGGUUUUAUUUUAAGUGCAGAUCCUUUAUCAGGUGAUUCAGUAGCAUGGUGCUGUCAGUAUAUCUGAAAGUGUUUUAAAACUUUUAUGUGUGUUUUGUUUCAGUUUAAGAAUCAUUUGGGAAAUUGGGAAUGCAAAUUGCAGGUGUUCUAGAAUUCCAAGGUAUUUUAAAUGGGAAUGUAGAGAUGGCUCAUUGGAAAAAUAAGCUACUGUUAAUUGAGCUGUGAAGAGGAGAUCAGACCUGUAACUGUGCUUGUCCAGCAAACUCAGCUUCUGCUUAAAAUUAUUGUGCCUGCUAGAGAAGCAGAAAAUUGCAAAGGCAACUUGUCUGAGUAGCUUAGGAUAUUAAAGAAAGCACGAAAGAUUCUCAUGUUUAGGGUCAGUGCAGGGAGCUAGUGUUUGAAAAUCAUUUUAAUUUUCUCUGCUUUUUGGAGUAGUUCAGAAAGGAUUAAACUUUUGAAAAGUACUAUGUAAGGAGUGAAUGGGGAAGAGUUUUCCAUCACACCUGUGCAUGUUACCAUUGACUUCCAGCUGGUCCUGACCUGUUGGUGGAUGUAGCUUGGUUUUUCUUCACAGGCAUAGUAAAAAGAUACAUCUUUAUUUGAGAGUUGGAAGGUACCAAGUAGUCAGCACUAACAUUCGUUGUCUGUGUGCUAGACCUGUUUUUGUUAUGCAAUGUUAGACAUGCAACAUGAAGUUGUUUGGGUUUGUCUUGUGUCAGGUAAAGGACUGCAGAACUGUAAGUUGGAGAAAUUCAAGCUGGACAUGCAGCUGUGCAAAGCACUAAUAAAUGUAACUGGUGCUUCAGAAGGGCACAGCUGAGCAAAUUUCAUCUCCAGUAUGGCAGUGAAGAAGAAAUUAGAUGGAAAACAGAAUUAGAAAUGGUCAUUUUCUAAGUGAAAGGUAUUAAAUGGACAAAUAGCCAAUAAUUUUUCAGUGGAGGAGGACAGCUGGCUGACUGCCCAUCCUGUUUCAGUGGUGAAAUGGAAGGGGAAAAAAAGUAGAUCUAAAGUAAUACAAAACAAAUAAGAGAAAGAGAAGCAGACAGUGAUUGACUCAGAGCUAUGGCGUGUAGAAAUUUAAAAAGGAAAGCAACAGCCAGAGGAAAAGAAAAGCACACAGCUUGGAGUGCUUGAAGAGGCUGAUAAAGAGCAGAAGUUCAGGAGAAUCUUUGUGGUAGGUCAAGGGCCAUUACUAGAUGUAGGUGGCAAAAGUGCUAGUAAAGAGGUGAUGUCAUUCACAAGCAAAGCCUAAUAUGAGGAAUUAACAUUCUUAAAUUCAGAAGGUUUGGAAGCCUUUCAGUAUUUCUAAGGGAGCUGCUGAUGGUACAGGAUGGGAGGGCCAAUGGAGAGUUUAUCCAGCCUGACACCCCCAGAGAAGGGAUGAAAAAGGGAAGGAGCAUUAAUGAGGGAGUGUAAUGUCAGUCAUUUCACUCUGUCUUUUGUUCCUGAGAUUUCUUGAGGCAGGCUUAGAGUGCACUGAGUAUAUCUGGGUCCCUGCAAAGCCUGGUGUUUUCUGACUCACACAUUUCAGAGGUGGUGGUUCAAACAGAAUCAUAAUGAAGUGGGGAUGCUCAUAAAAGGGUUCUCUGGAACUGGCUAGGGUUGAAUGGUUCCAAGUCAUUGGUGAAAACAGACACAAUCUCACUACUGAUAAAUUGUUAACAUUACAAAGCAGCCCUGCCCAGAACCAGACUGAGUGAGAGCUCUGCAUGUGUUCCCAACACAGUCCCAGGGUGUAAGACUAAUGAAUGUGUUCUUGGGUUUAAUUACCAUUAGCUGUAAGUGAUUAUACUUCUGUAUGUCUCAGCUCUUAGAGUUGGGAAUUUUGGAUGCCAUUUGGAUAUUUACAUUUUAAAAGAGAAGCUGAGUAAUUGGAAUGGAUACAAAAAAAAAGAUACUCAGAAAUGACUGGUGGAGUGUGAAAAUGCCUUAGAGAGGGUGAGAGAGAAAACUCAGUUGGCUGAGCUUCUGUACCAAAAUUGAGACCGACUUGAUUACAGUGCACAAGUACCUUCACAGGGAGAAAAUACUGACCACUACAGCUCACUGAUCUUAAAAAGAGCCACACCAAGAAUCACUGACUGGCAGCUGAAGCCAGGCAAAUUCAAAUUGGAAAAGGCACCAAUUCUAAAGAGAGAAUAACUCUGUAAUUUAGGAAUGUUUCUCCCGAAACUGUGAACAGAACAAUAAAAGUGAUGAUAUUUAUGCAAA